AUGCUCCGAUGCGGCGAUGGGAAUGGAGCACAGCACCUCUAUGGCCGCGCACCCUCCUGUAUGCGUUACGCUAGCAACACUAGCACACUUUUGGCCGUGCACCCUCCUGUAUGCAUUCCCACCAUUGGUGCUGAUACCACCAACACUGGCCAUGGUGAGACAAGAGGGGCUGUCACUAAUUCUAAAAGCCCAGAACUGGCCAGAGAAGCACUGGGUGGCAGAGGUAGUCCAGUUGCUGUGCGGACAGGUCUGGCCACUCCCCCUGUGCAGAAAUCUCCUAUCACAAGUGCAAGGGGGAAUUUUUUGCCCCUAUCUGGAGCGUCUAGCUCUUUGGGCUUGGCCCGUGAAAAGUCCAACCUAACUACCAUUGGUUUGCCUGAUAACGUUAUAGCGAUGAUUCAGAGUGCCAGGGCCUCAUCGACUCGACCCCUUUACAAGCAUAAGUGCCGAGUUUUUGAGGAGUGGUGGAUCAGUCCCAGUUGGCAGAUCUGCAUUCAGAUGAAUAACACAGAGUAUCAGCAAAACAUCACAGUUCAAUACUGCUUUCCUGACAAUAAUGCAUCUUGCAGAAAGGAGGUGCGAACAGGCCCUGCUUAUAUAUUUUUGUUAAUUUUUCUUUCAUUUGAAUCUAUGUGUGCUGUGUUUCUGAACCUGCUGGUGAUCAUCUCCAUCUCUCACUUCAAGCAGCUCCACACUCCAACCAACCUGCUCGUCCUCUCUCUGGCUGUGGCAGAUCUUCUCGUGGGGUUGUUUGUUAUGCCUGUGAAUAUUAUGCUAUUUAUAGACUCUUGUUGGUACCUUGGAAAAAUGGCAUGUUCUAUUUUAUCAUUGAUCAGUAAUCUCUCAAUAUCAGCAUCUGUCUGUAAUCUAGUUUUUAUUGCAGUGGAUCGGUACAUUGCUAUCAGUGACCCCCUACUUUAUUCCAGUAGAAUUACAGAUGGUAAAAUAUCUGUGUGCAUAAUUCUAGGCUGGUCUUUUUCUCUAAUGUAUAUUAUUAUUGUAAUGCAUUGUAAUGAGCACCUCUCUCCCUCUCAAAUGUCCAUUAGAUGUUAUGGAGAGUGUGUAAUCUAUGUUAAAUAUUCAUGUUUUAUUGUUGACCUUGUCUUUUCUUUUCUAGUUCCUUGCUGUCUUAUACUGGUCUUGUAUUUACUGAUUUUUAAAGUGGCAAGACGUCAAGCUAAAGCUGUUAGAGCUGUGACAAAUACUGCCUCACACAAGCAUGGAGAAAAGGCUUCAAGCUCUUCUGAAACCAAAGCAGCAAAAACAUUGAGCAUUGUCAUAUUUGUUUAUCUUGCUUGCUGGAUACCGUUAUAUUUAAGUUCUCUGUCAGUUGAAAGCUUGUCAUCUUCAUCAAUGGUGUGGACUGUGUUUAUCUGGCUAAUAUACAUGAACUCUUCUGUGAAUCCACUAAUUUAUGGCAUUUUCUAUCAGUGGUUCAGAGUAUCAGUUAAGUAUAUUGUAACCUGUAGAAUAUUUGAAUCAUCAUCUUCAAGGCUUAUACUGUUACCUGAACAUGUUUAA